AUGAAUGCUCAAUCCUUUCGUGACUAGGAGUGGGCAUGCCAAGAGACUGGUGGGGGCGGUGUUCCAUGACGGUCGUUGAUGAGAAUGAGAAAGACUGGUCUCAUCCACUCGGAGAAGUAUGGCUUACAGAGCAGAGCACAAUUUUCAUACCGUUUCACCAAGACAUCUUCCAGCAGAACCGGACGGCUGGUUAAAAGUGCCUCAAAAUGGUCAAGUGAUUCUGGCUGUAAGCAGUGACAACUGCUAUUGGUCCCAAGAUUUUGAUAUGGAUGCCUGUGUUCGGAGGUUGGAAGGAUUUGGAUUUCAGAUAUCUUCAGGCACCUACAGAAAGCAAAUUGCAAGUUCUCUAAAGGAUUCAGCAAUACGAAGAUACGUGUUCUUUAACUCUCAGCCUUUCAGACUGGUGUUGGUUACAAUUUUCUAUUUAACUGCUUGGGGAAACAUAUACUCCACCUUUCAUCAGCUCAGCAUGAACAGUGUACUCUUCUACCUUCUCGUGAGCCUGGGUGCAACAGUCAUCACCAUCAUUAUUAUACUGAUCCUUGAUAGACACACCAAAAAGGUAAAUAUUAACACAGAUAUGCGUCUCACUGCUGUGAAUGAAAUGCUAAUGAACCACAAUCUGUUGGUGGGGGUCACAGAUACCAUGAAGGGCUUCAGAAGCAUACUUCAACUGUUGUUCGUAUAUUUUAACCUUGAGAAAUGCAAGGAAGCAUUGACAACCCUACUUGAGCAAAGGAAGGUGGACAUCUUCUUCCAGUCAGAGUUACGAAAGCACUUGAACCGUCUGUACAUGAUAAAGGGCCACCCUGUGACUCUGCACGAGGAAUUCCAGAGUAAGGUGAUUGUCAUAUCUGAGGAACAACCCCUUUUGUCCAACAGUAGCAAGGUCCACAAAUCUAAGUCUACCUUCAGUGAAGUGACCAAUUUUAUCACUAAAGGUACCUCCGAGGAAAUCGCACGGCAGUUGCUGAUCACAUACAGUGGAGUUUACAUCAGGCUUUUGGCGACUGGUCAGCUCCCUCCUUCUCCCAUGCUUCACCAGGCUGCUCAGACUCCUGCUCCAUGUCUUUGUCAGUUUAUACAGCACACUGUACUGAGCCACAAGAGUACCUCCGAAUAUCACUAAAAUUGAAAAUGGAAUUACAUAAGUUGCAUUUAAACUAAAUAUUUUGUAGAUUUAUUACAUGAAAGUAUCAGUGUGAUUAGAUGUUGUAUGAAUAAUACACA